UUCAAUCAAGAUGUAUUAGCGAAAUGUCAAUUUCUGACUCGCUAAUCUGAUAAAUUAAGGUGGGUCGCGCAUGAAAAAAUGGUUACUAGGUUACACGACGAUUAUAACUCGAAUUAUUCAUUCCCGUGUAUAUAUGUUGAUGUAUAGAGCUUCUAACUAGAUUAGACCACGACAGUCAAGCUAARAGCUCYCUWUUCACGUGUCAUGUUGAGGAACAGCACCGACAGCCAGGGGAAUUUUUCUUGUCUUUCUCUCAAAGUCAACUUCGAUAUAACAGCAGAACUUUUCACUGCACAUAUAAUUACACUAGUAGUAAAUACGAUCACUGCUUUCACAGCCUUCUUUGGGAACCUACUGAUCUUGAUCGCCGUUUUAAGGACUAGAAGUCUGUAUUCGCCUUCGAAUGUUCUUCUUUGCUGCCUCGCCCUGUCUGAUCUGUGCGUCGGUCUCAUAGCUCAACCAGCUUUCGUUGGCCAUAAGGUUGGCGAAUUGACUAAUAACUUUAAGAUAUAUUGCUUCACUAGAAUUGUAUCUGAAACUGCUGGCUUUAUAACUGUUGGCGUGUCGACUCUCACACUAACUGCAAUUGCCGUUGAGAAGUACUUUGCUUUAAAGCUACACCUGCGAUAUCGCGAAGUUGUCACAUGUCGGAAGGUUCUUGCCAUCGCUGGAUCAUUYUGGAUUCUCUUGUUUGCGCUGGGGGGCUUGCGUUUUGUGACUGGAAAGGCAUUCGAAGCCACAGUGGUAAUUGUUCUUCUGCUAUCUCUCUCAGUAACUCCUUGGUGCUACUAUCAGGUAUUUAAAACCGUUAAACGYCACGAGAAUCAGAUAAAAGUACAGUCGGUUCACCACAAGACRACGUUUUUAUCCACCGAACGAGAAACUCAAGRAAAUUCCUCAUCAACYUCUCGACGKAACAUUAUAAAGUAUAAAAAGUCCACGAUUGCAAUGUUGUACAUUCUGGGAGUAUUUCUAGUGUGUUACGUGCCCACUUUAUUCAUUCAGACUGCUAUUUURCUAAAAGGUUAUACAAGAACUGCAAAAAUUGCUUAUGUGUACAUUAGCACCUUGUUGCUUGUUAACUCGUCGUGCAAUCCAGUCAUCUAUUGCUGGAGAAUGUCGGAAAUACGGCGCGCAGUGAAGUCAACACUUAGCAAGGUCAUAAAAUCGAUAGAACUAGAAGAGACCACAAACUACACGCAGGACAGGUCUAAUAUUCAGACGAGAUCUAAAACUAACGCAGAAAACAACGGCGAAGUAGCUAGAUGAUAAUAUACUGUUUGACUUUUUAGUGAAUUGCAUAUAACUUUGCAAGUUUCUGCAGUGAAAAUUUACUAGUUGAACUUUUAGUGAAUUUCAUAGCUUAGAAAGUUUCGAACUAGCCGACCAGGUCUGUUCUUCUAAAUAACUGUUCUUAUACGAUUUUUGUCAUGAGAAAAAGUGAAUGAGAACUAGAAUUAUAAAUUGGGAAAAACUCUCCCUUACGGCCGUUACCACUUGAGUAUUGAAGAGAUACAAUUGGAGAUAUUCGAGAUUUUCCAUCCUGCAAAGAUCGUGAAGAGAUUCUUAGGAAAAUCGCGAGAGCUUCUUCCUCUCCGUGAUAAAAAAAAAUUAUAUAUCUGAAUAUGUAUUAUUUGCUGGCAACCAGUUGUAACUUACAGCUGUCUGGGACAUAAGAACAGAUAUAUUUCUCCCAGGRACCCUUCGUCUCCUCUUGUUAUUUUAAUGACAUGUCUUUGUUAACCGAGCCUGACUACUCGCGACUCGCUGUCUAGUAAUCUAAGCUCUUGCAGCGUUUACGUGGAUCUCGCAAUUUUUUUUAAGUGCUUAAAUGUGCGUCCGAUAGUCUUUUGUGCAGCGAUAAAAAAUGAAAUUUUCACUAUAUGUUUCAAGAAUUGCUUUCAUUAGGGCAUGAAUGUAAACAGGAUGGCACUUAAUUUUUAGUUAAUUAAAAGCCUGCCAUGUCUGAUAUUACGAGCUGAGUAAAAUCCAUUCUAGAAAGCUCGGCGACUAUGCUUUUSCCGGAAGUAACUGAUUUAAAAAAAAGAAAAGGAAUAUGGAAACUAGCCCUAAGGGUUGCAGGUGUAAGAUGGCAAAUAUCUAUUGAUUCUAUGCACUUAAAUUCAAUAAAAAUUGCUUGUCUGUAGGAAAAGAACAUUUUUCUUGAUUCUUGUUAAAUUUACUAAGAAUAUUUUAUCCGGUUUAUGUCGAAAGCAUGUAUCUUAAGGCAAAAAGUGUGCGCAUUAAAUGAUGUGAUGUCAUCGUACCUAGAAA